CUCGCAAAACACAGCCAGACGGUUUCAGGAGACCAAAUGCCAGCUUCAUUGAAAAAGCUCGGUUAUCGAGAAUAGAGACAGGAGGGACAGACGUUUCCAGUGUGCCGACACACACAUAACAAUACACAGAAAGCUCUGGGGAACUCGAGGAAAAGGACAUUUUCACAGCUUCAAGAACUUCGGUAGGAGAAAGCAGAAAGAAGACCAAUCGUUUCAAAUAUAAAUCAAGGGCAGUGGACACGCGGGAGUUGAUUAUUCAUUCCGAUAACUUGUGGAAUUAUAAGGGUAACAAAAUUUAAAAAAAAACUACCUCUCCGCCAUUUCAUAUUUGUAUUAAAUUGUUCCCUUUCUUUUAUUUUUUAUUUUAUCACCUGUCCUCUGAAGAGCUGACAGCCAGACGGUGUAGUAGAAUUGCAUUGCAGUGCAGUGCAUAAAGAAACUGAACGCAGCACCAGGAGACGGAACAGCUCACUGCGUUUACCAACAAGAGACAGUGAGGAGGAGUGAGAGAGAGACAGACUGAUUUUUUUUGUAUUCUUGUAUUUUUAUAUCAUAUUUAUUCAUUUAUAGCCUACGCGAACAUAUUUAUUUUUUUCCAAUUGUUGGUUCUGUUUGGGUCAGAUUUUUUUUUCUUCUUCAUUUUUUGGAAUAUGGUUGGGGAAAUGGAAUCGAAGGAGAAACCUAAACCCACCCCAGACUAUCUCAUGCAGCUCAUGAAUGAUAAGAAACUGAUGAGCAGCCUUCCCAACUUCUGCGGGAUUUUUAACCACCUCGAACGGCUGCUUGAUGAAGAGAUCAGCCGGGUGCGCAAGGACAUGUACAACGACACGCUAAACGGCAGCACAGAGAAGCGGAGCAGCGAGCUCCCUGACGCAGUGGGCCCCAUCGUGCAGCUCCAGGAGAAGCUCUUUGUCCCUGUCAAAGAGUACCCCGAUUUUAACUUCGUGGGCCGGAUCCUGGGACCACGGGGGCUGACAGCCAAGCAGCUGGAGGCAGAGACAGGAUGUAAAAUCAUGGUGCGCGGGAAGGGCUCCAUGAGGGACAAGAAGAAGGAGGAGCAGAACCGAGGAAAGCCCAACUGGGAGCACCUCAAUGAGGACCUGCAUGUCCUGAUCACGGUGGAAGACGCUCAGAACCGCGCUGAGAUCAAGCUGAAGAGGGCCGUGGAGGAGGUCAACAAACUACUGGUGCCUGCGGCGGAGGGAGAGGACAGCCUGAAGAGGAUGCAGCUGAUGGAACUGGCCAUCCUCAACGGCACCUACCGAGACGCCAACAUCAAGUCACCUGCCCUUGCCUUCUCUUUUGCAGCGAACGCCCAGGCGCCCCGCAUCAUCACCGGCCCCGCCCCUAUGCCCCAGAAUGCCCUGCGCACGCCCACCCCGGCCGGCCCCACCCUAAUGCCCCUGAUCCGACAGAUCCAGACCUGCAUGCCCAACGGCUCGCCCCACCCGGGCGUCAUGACCCAGGGUCCCGAGGCGGGCCUCAUAUACGCGUCGCCCUACGAUUACCCCUACACGCUGGCCCCUGCCACCUCCAUCCUGGAGUACCCCAUCGACUCCAGCGGGGUGUUAGCGUCCUCAAAGGCCGAAGAGCUGCCCCUCUACCUGGGGUUUCAGACCUGUCACUUUCCCAUCACUGUGCAGCGAGGAGAGCCCUCCAACCGGCCUCCCUUUUAAAGAAACACCCCCUUCCCUCCCUCCUUCCCUCCAUCCCCUCACACAACACACACACACCUCCUCCCCCCCCCCCUCCCUCCCCGCCACCACACGUUGGACUGGUCGAGGAUCGGCCCUCUCUGAACAACAACAAGCCACAUGGGGAAGCCUCAGCCCUUCCUCUUUGAACGUCUGUUCAAAGUGACGUGUGUGUUACUGAUCAACCCUUUUUGAUUUCCUGUCCUGAUGAUGAUGAUGAUAUAUCUGUGUAUGAUGAUGAGGGAGAAUAAGCACUGAGCCCCACACUGCUGGAGACCCCCCUUGGGGCGGAGUCCCCCGUCACCCUCUCUCUUGGGUGUGGCUCUGGGGCAUCGGGAGAGGUAACAUGCGGAGGUCGGGACAGAGGGGUUACGGAGCCAAGGGAGUGGUGGGGUGUGUUGGUGACGAGGUUAAAGCAUCUACUGUAGGCUUGACAGGCUUUAUUCACAAAGAGAUUUUAGGACUUUCUGUCCCAACACUGACAGUCUUUACUUCACUCUUAUCAUAAAAUUCACCAAAUUAUUAUUUCAGCUCAAGUGAAGCCACUCGAAACAACAGUAAGUGAGUGAACAACAUGGCCCUUUUGUAUAGAGCUUUUUUGUAUCGACUCAAAAGGAAUGUCCUAAAAUGGCUUUGGGAAUAGGGCCUGGUGAUGCUUCUCAAAGGACCGCCGGACACUCCUGGCACCAAUUCCCGGUUCCCUUCCUUUAUUCUAUAGGUGUGGCUUUCCCCACGAAAGGCUAAAAUCAUUUCAAGGAUCCUUACUGAGCCCCUCAUUCGAUCUGAGUGUUAACACACAGACACUUUUGUUUCCCCAACGGCCUCUUAGUAUAUCGAACCAUGAGUCAGGCCUAUAGCAGUCAGACAGACAGACCCCCUCACUACUGAUGUUUACACUGGCCCAACCUCCCCAAAGAGGCACAGCUCUUUAUACCAUGCAUGAUGUGUGUGUGGUGGUAUGUGCAUCCUGUACACAUGCAGCCACACAUGUAUAUGUUGUUUCACUGACUGCUAUGUCUGGGUUUGAGAAUCUCUACAAAUACUGUCUCGCUUUACUAAUCACUUAAUUCAUUGCCUUUUUUUUUUUUAAUAAGAGAUGUUACUUUUUUUAUUACUGCAAAUGUGCCUAAAAGCUUUCGUCUCUGGGCUUUAACCAGAGAGUGAGUGAUCAGUAUUAUAUUUCAAACGAAUAACUAGAGAGAUGCACUUCCUGAUGCUCAACCUGAGAUUAUGUGACUAGUAAAGCUCCCCUCUGUGUGUGUGUGUGUGUGUGUGUGUGUGUGUGUGUGUGUGUGUGUGUGUGUGUGUGUGUGUGUGUGUGUGUGUGUGUGUGUGUGUGUGUGUGUGUGUGUGUGUGUGUGUGUGUGUGUUUGUGAAUGCAUAAAUGCCUAAUGUCUGUGAAUCUGUAGCAAGGACUCGAGUAAACAAUGGAUCCUUACAGUCAAUGCUACUCCAUUGUCAUGGAUGUUACUAAGUCCAAUAUUUCUCCUUGUUGCAACAAAAUAUAUGAGUAUAAUUUGUGCCUUAACCUGUAUUUCUAAUGAUUUUUCCUAAUUUUGUUACAUGUUUGGUCAUAUAUAAGCCUUUAUGAUAUGAUGAAUUGAAUUGAUGGAAAUGGUGAAGGAUGAAAUGACCUAAUCCUUGUUUUGGUCAUGUUGUUGCAAUCCGAGCAGGUGCAGUGACUACUAAAGUUCGAAGGCACGAACUGCGGGUCCAUCCUUACCAAAGGAUAGUGACCGCAGACCGAGGUUAGUUUAGCUCCUAUGCUUUUGUGUUUUAUUGCUAAUGCCUGCUCACUGUUGGUCCUGAUCUGUUUUGCAAUAUGUACAAAUUGUUAAGCUAGUCGUCCCAGUUUGUGAUGUGAUGCAACAUACUGCACCCCCUUCCUACUCUUGGCCUCUGAGAGCGUUUAUUUCGGUGAUUCUGAGGAAUAGUGACCACAACACAGUAGGAUAAUGAUGCUUUUGCUAUCUAGGUAGAGACACAAACACGCAUACCUGCAUUUAUAAAACAAACUACUCCACUCCAUUAUUUCGAUGACUUUAUGAAUCUGACAUGAUGUUGAUGACAAAUAAUGGACUAUACCCCUUCUAAAAGAAAGAAGAUACAAUUAUCUGUGUUUUAGUUUCCCACUCUGUUGAACGAGAAGUUUGCAAUUUUAUGCACUUAAGUCUUCAACUCCUUAUUAAGUGGAUAAUGUAACACUAUAAUUGAUCAAGUAUGUCCAUUUGUAUUUAUUUGUUUGCGGAAAUUACUUUUUGGAGAAUCUGACCCAUUUUAUUGUCAAAGACAACACAAAAGUGGGUGUAAACCUGUCAUGUCCUAUUUGUUUUUGUUUUUCACUGUCUAAUUGGACUGCAGUAGCUUCCCAUUUUUACUAUAGUAACUUAGAUACAAAAUUAAAUUGUUUAUUUAAUGUCAAAAGUCUCAACAGCGGCCUUAUGAGUAGAGAGGGGUGGACACGUGGUGGGCUUUAGACUGGAAAUAGCUUAUUCUGCAGAUAGGUAAACAAACACAACUGCCAAACCCUUUACUCUCUGAAGUCUACCCAUUUCCUGCCCUCCUUUUUUUAAAGUCCAUGCAGAACUUUUACUACCCUUACUGAAUAUUGAGAAUAAUUGAGUAAGUUACUGGAGAAGGAACCAUGUGUGAAGUUACACAGGCAACUAGGAAUUUGCAGGAUCUGUAGUCUACAGUGUCUUCUCUUUUUCAUCCUUAGACCUCAGUGCUUCAUACAACAAGUGUGCCUUGUACAUACACACACUGUGUAUCAUCACAUUGACAUUUCAUUACAGAUAAUUACUCGUACCUAAUCAAGGAAACGGUUGCAAAGUGCCAGGAGAUUUGAUGCCAAUGCCAAUUGAAAACAGCCGACAAGCAGUGUAUUUAUCAAUGAGGCCACAUUUUAGUACAUACAUUUAAAUAGAACAAUCCAGUGAAAUUAAAUGAAAGUUCAAUAACUAAUUAAUUAAUCACCUUUUUUUGCUGCUAAAUGAUAUGGAACAAUUAAAGAGAGAGUUCACCCAAAUUACAAAAUAACGUAUUGGUUUCUUUACCCUGUCAGCAGUCGGACAAGGUAUGACACAGCAACACAUGUUUUGGUUUAGUUUCCCUGACACUGUGUCCACAGUAAUCCAUUUUGUAAUUUGGGUGAAUUAUCCCUUUAACAUAUAGCACUGUAUGUUCAUCAUGUACAGUCAUAGUGUCGCACUUUAUACGUUGUUGGACAUUGCUUGAAUCCUUAUACACUUAAAAAGAAAACUUAUUUAUGCCAAUCAUCAACAUGACCCGUCACAGUAAUGAGUCAGUGAUUGUCUUUACAAAACAAGGUUCAGAUACACACAGUAUAUUAUACAGACUGUAUCUAAGGAUAUUCAGAUUUCACUGUAGAGCAGACUGUGAAUUGCCUCUGAAAACAUUACAGGCCGAAUCUGCCCUAAAACAAAUAAGUAAUGUAAAAAAUAACUGCAACAUGGAGUUCCUUAAGAAGUGCAUAUUAUUACUAAAAGGUCAAACCUUAAUCAACAGUAAAAGAAUCUGAUAAUGGUAACGGAUAGGUAACACUGACAUAAUUAAUGAGAAACCAACAUCAGAUUAAAUUGCACAAAGGCCUGUAUUUAAUCUACCUCUUCAUAGGUUUGGCCCCAUACUCUGAUUAACAGUUUUACAACAUUAAAAGUUUGGACAACACUUUAUCCAAACAUUAAGGUAAUACAAUAUAAUAUGAUUGACAUUUGUGAUUCAGUGCGGUUCGGAUGGUGAACCAUGAGGCAGGUGGAUUGAAUGCAGGCCAACCAGUCAAACCUGUGUGUUUAGAGGCAGGCUGUCUCUGAUGGAGGCAGGGGAGGAGACAGAUGUAAAAUGGCAUCUGAAAUGUGGGUUUCUUUAUCAGCUCAUGUUUGCAAAGAUGUUGAACAGUCUCAGUAUAGUAUCAAAUAAGUGCAUCAAUUGGGUCUAGAGAUUUAUACAGUAUAUUCUGAUUUAGAUUUUCCUCUGGACAUUUUACAGUGCAUUUGAAAGCGUUUACAACAGCUCUCAACAAUACACAGUUUUCUCAAACUCUUAAUACAGUAAGAUUUACAGUCUCUGGUGAAGAAGCCACACCUUUCUGUUUUCUUUACAUCUGUUGCACUUUGCUUCGUUUGAAAAGAGAGACUUUACGCCACAGAACUUAUUUUGCACUGAAUGAUUUAAAAAAGUAAAAGCAUUUUAUUUUUUAUUUUUUUUAUCUCUUCUGCUCCAGUCAGAAGGGCAGACAUGUUUAAAAAGUGACAACUACGACAAACCUCAGACGAUGAAAUAAGUAAAUGAAUACAUGUAUGAUCUAAGCUGAAGAAGUCUUAAACGGACCACUGUGGAUUGGACAGAGAAUUCUAGGGUUCCACUUUAUGGGUGAGAAAUUGCCAGAGUAUGAAUGCAUUUCUUGAGAAGGAAAAAAAAUCACCUUGAGACAUUUUUUUUACGUUUUACUGUAAGCUUCUUUUUAUUUGUUGUUGUUGCAAAGAAAAUAGUAUAUACUUGUGGCUUCUUGAAAUAUAUAUAUAAAUAUAUAUAUUAAAAAUAUAAAGCAGGAAUGUAUAUGAAAUGUCAGAUUUUACUUGUAUUUUGCAAAGAAAUAGCCAGGAUUAUUCUAGAGGGCUAUUUGUAGGAAAGACACAUAGCAGCUUUAUAGAACCACUUUAGAAAAUGUCCUAUAUUUUUGAAUAUAUUUUAGGGCUUUAUACAAAAGACAGGACCUUUUCAGUGUUUAUAUGCAAGUGCAUUUUAUAUUAUGUGUCCUGUGAAUUGUCUAUUGUCUCCUAAGCUGAGGGUACCGGCUGAAGUGACAGCUUUAGCAUGCUCACGGCUUCAACUUCCAUGGCUAGUGUGCUAUUCUAGAAAAUACCAUGUAGUGUUGCUUUGUACCAUUAAGGCAAGGAUUUUCAUGUUUGUUGUAAAUAGAAAACAUACUUUAAAAAGGCAAUAAAAAAUUAUAUUGAGUAAAAAAAAACUAUACA